AUGACAGCUUGUAACCACACCCCAGUCCAGCCUGUGCCGACCAUGGCGAAAGCAAAGCUGAAGCCUUCGCGGCUGUCACAAAUUCUACCAAUUUCGCUUUCCAACAAAAUUCAUGACAUCAAAUCUCCAGAAGCGUGCUUGGAACCAACUCCCCCAGAAUCUCCCACUUCUGAGGGCAAGCCUGAGCUGGAAGAUGUCCAGUCGCAGCUGGAGCUCACACUUGGAUAUGCAGACCAACUCUCUGAAACGGUUCAGCAGGCCAGCGAAAAAGAUGCGAAUGACCACCGGGAGUCACUUCGACUUCUAAUCAAUUACUUGGAUCAAACUCUCUUGUCUGGGAGAAACAUUCACUCCGUUCUGGGUCCCCUUCCUGUCCCAGAUGCGCAAAAGUCAAAGCUAUUGCGCUCUUAUUAUGAGGCUCUACACGGCGCAGAUAUCAGCCCUCCUCUGCAGAAGAGUGGCCUUUUCGGCAGCCAGGCUCAGCGUGGCCCAACUCAGAUAUACACCGUUUUUGGUGGUCAAGGCUUGAGGGGAAACACCAUCGACGAGCUUCGUGAUCUCGUAAACACAUAUCCUUCUCUAACCAGAGACUUGGUUCACGAUUUGUCCUCGCUUCUUCUCGAGCUCUCAAACACAGACGACACAACCCUUAAACUGCUUCCCAAGGGCCUCGACGUUGUUAAGUGGCUAGAAAGCCCUUCCCAGGCUCCAGACUCAACGUACUUGACUCCUGCACCUGUUAGUGCCCCCUUGAUAGGACUUGUCCAACUCGCGCACUACGAAGUUACUUGCAAGACGUUGGGUCUUACACCAGGCCAGUUUCGUAGCCGAAUUGCUGGAACAACAGGACACUCCCAGGGUAUCAUCACGGCUGCGGCUGUAGCAUUGGCAGAUGAUUGGGUUUCCUGGCGAGAGGCUACUCGUACUGCAAUCACAACACUCUUCUGGAUCGGCGUCCGAACUCAGCAAGUCUGGGAUGCUCAGCAUCGGUACAACACCAUCUCGAAUGCCAUGGCGCAAGACUCGAUUGAUCACGGCGAACGCAAACCGUCUCCUAUGCUGAGCAUUCGGGGAUUUACUAGGGAGCAGCUAGAAGUUUGCACCAAGGCAGCAAAACGAUAUCUCAAGGGCGGACCACACUGCCUAUCGAUCUCAAUGGCGAAUGGACCAAAACAUUUUGUUGUUUCUGGGCCACCCAAAUAUCUUUACGGGCUUAAUCUACAGAUCCGUAAGAGAAAGCAGUUCUCUUCUCAAAGUGGUUUGGCAGAUGCCGUGGGCAGCAACUUUCUCAACGUGAGCGUACCAUUCCAUACUCACUGGCUCAACGACGCAGUGCCCCUGAUCCAUAACGAUCUCAAACACAUAUCCGUGUCCUCAAGUUCCAUGGCGAUUCCAGUUUUCAGUACUGAGAACGGACAAGACCUCCGCAGCCAAAGCAAUCAUGAGCCGGACUUGGUGAGCCUGGUAGUCAGCCAAGGUCUUGACUGGGUUAGUGCCACAUCACACAUGUACCCCGAAACUACCCUAGAAGGUAAAAAGCAGACAGUUCUAGACUUUGGGCCUGGUGGUGUUCAUGGGAUCAGUUCCAUUUCUUCCGGCGGUGCAUCACGGAUUAUCUUGGCAGGGACGCCCAGUGGCAAAAAGGCUGGUGUAGGGUAUAAACGGGACUUGUUUGAUUAG